GAGGGAACUGGCGAAUCGGAUCUUGUACUGUUUCCGUAACCGCAAACGCUCUUCAUCCGCCGCCCGUCACUGUACACAUACCCAGGAUCAAGGUGGUGAUCGUGCUGGAUUGCAUCCUAAACAUAAAAAGGGAUUCAAUAUGCCUCCUCAAGCUGUCCGGUUGCAUAUCCAUGACCGAUAUGUUGUGAUGGAUAAUGGAAUACUGCAAGUCACGUUAUCGAAGCCCGGGGGCAUCAUAACCGGCAUAAAAUAUGAUGGUAUGGAUAAUGUGCUCGAAGUUCGUAACAAGGAAACUAAUAGAGGGUACUGGGACCUACACUGGAAUGAACCUGGAGGCAAGGGGAUAUUUGAUGUCAUCAGUGGGGUGGAUUUCAGGGUUAUAAUCGAAACUCAAGAACAAGUUGAGAUUUCGUUUCUAAGGCCAUGGGAUCCGUCCCUUGAGGGCAAGUACAUUCCCCUGAAUAUUGAUAAAAGGUUUAUAAUGCUUCGUGGAUCUUCGGGAUUUUACACUUAUGCAAUCUAUGAACACCUCAAGGAGUGGCCUGGGUUUGAACUCGGGGAAACAAGAAUCGCGUUUAAGCUCAGAAAAGACAAGUUUCGUUAUAUGGCUGUUGCAGACAAUAGACAAAGGAUCAUGCCUUUACCAGAUGAUUUAUGCAAGGGAAGAUGUCAAACUCUAGAUUAUCAAGAAGCUUCCCUGCUCGUCUCUCCCUGUGAUCCUCAGCUACAAGGCGAAGUAGAUGACAAGUACCAAUACUCAUGUGAGAAUAAGGAUCUGAGAGUUCAUGGAUGGGUAUGCUUUGAUCCACAUGUAGGAUUCUGGCAAAUAACGCCUAGUAACGAGUUCCGUUCGGGCGGUCCACUGAAACAAAACCUCACCUCGCACGUCGGCCCAACAACUCUAGCAGUAUUUCACAGUACACAUUAUGCUGGAAAAUAUAUGAUGCCACGCUUUGAAAGGGGUGAGCCAUGGAAGAAGGUCUAUGGUCCAGUUUUCAUUUACCUCAACUCUUCUGCUAAUGGAGAUGACCCAUCCUGCUUAUGGGAAGAUGCCAGGAUAAAGAUGAUGACCGAAGUUGAAAGUUGGCCUUACAGCUUUGUAGCGUCCGAGGAUUAUCCCAAGUCUGAAGAACGGGGCGUUGUCUGUGGUAGACUACUUAUCCGAGACAGGUAUGCAUGCAAUGACUGUGUAUCAGCAGGAGGUGCUUAUGUGGGCUUGGCUUCACCUGGUGAUGCUGGUUCUUGGCAAAUGGAAUGCAAGGGCUACCAGUUCUGGACAGUAGCCGAAGACAGCGGCUUUUUCUCCAUUGCAGACGUUCGCCUGGGCGAGUAUAACCUAUAUGCAUGGGUCCCCGGAUUCAUAGGAGACUAUCGGAAUGACUCUAUAGUUUCUGUAACUUCAGGUUGUAAGAUUGAAAUGGGUGAGAUUGUGUAUGAACCUCCAAGAGAUGGGCCUACCUUGUGGGAAAUCGGCAUUCUGUUUUGGUUCAUCGCUAAUCGGUGGCUUGGUCCUUGGUUUUUAUGCAGCAUCAGUGGGGUGGAUUUCAGGGUUAUAAUCGAAACUCAAGAACAAGUUGAGAUUUCGUUUCUAAGGCCAUGGGAUCCGUCCCUUGAGGGCAAGUACAUUCCCCUGAAUAUUGAUAAAAGGUUUAUAAUGCUUCGUGGAUCUUCGGGAUUUUACACUUAUGCAAUCUAUGAACACCUCAAGGAGUGGCCUGGGUUUGAACUCGGGGAAACAAGAAUCGCGUUUAAGCUCAGAAAAGACAAGUUUCGUUAUAUGGCUGUUGCAGACAAUAGACAAAGGAUCAACAAGCUUUUUGUCAACCAUCCAGACAGGUUCAGGCAAUACGGUUUGUGGAGAAGAUACACCGAGUUGUAUCCGGAGACAGACCUGAUUUACACCGUGGGCGUUAGCGAUUAUCGCAAAGAUUGGUUCUUCGCUCAAGUUCCCAGAAAGAAAGGAGACGCACAUGAAGGAACGACGUGGCAGAUUCGGUUCAAACUCGAAAACGUCGAUGGAAAUGCCGUUUACAAACUUCGAGUCGCCAUAGCUUCCGCAACACUUGCAGAGCUGCAGGUUCGGGUCAACGAUGGGGAAGCGGCUCGUCCUCUGUUCACGACGGGUCUCGUGGGGAGAGACAACGCGAUCGCGAGGCACGGGAUCCAUGGAGUUUACAUGCUCUACUCAGUGAGCAUUCCUGGAAGCAUGCUCCUGCAGGGUGACAACACAAUAUUCCUGAAACAGCCGAGGUGCAAUGGUCCCUUCCAGGGAAUCAUGUAUGACUAUCUCCGUCUCGAAGGCCCUCCCUUCUUCUAAAUCUGGCUUGCAGGAUCCGUAUAGAGUCAUGACUCAUGCAUAUGUAUACAUUAUACAUGUGCCAUGUAUAUGUAUACAUAUGCCGUGUAUAUGGUCAAGAAUCACACAAUGGACAAACUUACGGAUUUUGUCUAUACGUACGACUUACGAGAGUAAUAGUUAAUUUACAGUUUUACCCUA